AUGUCCAAACGAAUGACCCUUCAGUCACUGCCAAAAACAUCUUCUUUCACCAAAAAACUCACGCCCGAUCCGCGGAUUCCCAGCCCCAAGGUGGCUCUGGAUCCUUCAACCCCACAGGAACUCUUCCAUGUCGCGAGGCGUCUUAUUGGCGGCGCCUACACCUAUUGCAAACCUACUCCCCGUAAAGAAUAUCGGUUUUUAACAGCAUCACCAUAUGCAAUGGAGACUUUAGGGCUGGAUCCGUCAGAGGCUAAAGAUAAAAGCUUCCAGGAGCUGGUGUCGGGGGAAAAGUACCUCACCGACCCCUUUCCUUACUCUCAGGCUUACGCCGGGUAUCAAUUUGGUCAGUUUGCAGGACAGUUAGGUGACGGAAGAGUCGUGAACCUUUUUGAAGUGGAAAGUGCUAGAGAUGGACAAAGAUACGAACUGCAGCUCAAAGGAGCUGGGCUAACCCCUUUCUCUCGGUUUGCAGAUGGCAAGGCGCUCUUGAGCUCGAGCAUCCGUGAAUUUGUCAUAAGUGAGGCCUUAUCUGCAAUUGGAAUUCCGUCCACGCGGGCGUUGGCUAUCACUGCGCUUCCCAAAACGUAUGCCAUGCGCGCUCGCCAUGAAAAAUGUGCCGUAGUCUGUCGAAUGGCACCUACAUGGAUCAGAAUCGGAACUUUCGAUCUGUACAAAUGGAGAGAAGACCGCAAGGGGCUGAUCGAGCUUAGUAAUUAUGUGAUUGAUGAGGUUUUCCACAACAAAAUGGUCGAGGACGAGCAGAUAAAAAGAGAAGUUGAACGAGAGAUCUCGAAACACAACAUCAUUCUCACGCGCUAUGACAAGAUGUACUUUGAGAUUGUUGCUCGUAAUGCAAAGACUGUUGCCUUGUGGCACGUUUAUGGCUUUUUGAAUGGUGUUUUAAACACUGACAACACUUCCAUCACUGGCCUGUCAAUGGAUUUUGGGCCUUUCGCAUUUAUGGAGUACUUUGACCCAAACUACACGUCAAAUCAUGACGACCACACAAGAAUGUACAGUUUUGCCAACACCCCGAGUGCAAUUUGGUUCAAUUUGGUUAAACUUGGCGAGGAUGUUGCUGAGCUAAUCGGAGCUGACCAGGAGCUUUUAGAUGCUCCAGAUUUUGAGGCUGGUAUCAAGCAAGAAUGGACAGAAAGAAUGAUUCAGAGAGCAGGAAAGAUUAUUGAGAUAGCAGGCACGGUGUAUGAGAAGUUGUUCAUGGAUGACUAUUUAAAGCUGGUUUGCCAAAGAGUCGGUAUCAGUCCUAGAGAGACCGAUCAUACAGAGAUUCUGGGUCCUAUGUUUGAGAUGCUGAGAGCCACCAAGAUUGACUACAACGACUUCUUUAAAGUCCUGCAGCACGUGCCAAUGGAGAAGAAGCUUGACUAUGAGGCUACUGCUGAGCUUUUCAUACCUAAAAAUUUCCAGGAAGACCUGGUCAACGACUACACUAAGGAAAAUAUUCUGAAAGAGCUAAAAAGCUUUCUGGUUGUUUUUAAAGACAGAGUGGAGCGGGAACAGAUAUCUGACAGCGAGAGGCUGAGCAGAGCAUCCAAAGUUAACCCCCUAUUUCUUCCUAAAAAUUGGAUGCUAGAAGAAGUUAUUGAAUAUACUGCCGAAAAUGAUCUCAGGGCAGACUAUAUUGACAAAAUAAUGAAAAUGAGCACCAACCCUUACGACAGAACUAAGUGGGGUGACGAGCUGAAAGAUUUGGAGGAAAGAUGGUGUUCUGAUGUUUCGUUCGAGCUCAAAAUGGGCAAAUGUUCGUGCGCCAAGCAUUCAAGAACUAUUAACAGAUUUGUGAACCAACUGAGGUUAGGAUCGAAGCACAAGCGGAAUUUCUGGAAGAAGUCAAGCCCCAACACCAAUGUCUCCGAAACGAUUAUGGAGCCGGCGAAUAAGUAUUCUGCAUGUUCUAUGCUCAUCAACGGUGUGAACACGUCAAAGGAAACAUCCUCCAACACUUUACAUCACGUUGAGUCCGCAGAGAUGAGUUUCGUCAGUAUGGAGCAUGAACUAGGGGACAUCUCGGAGCAGUUUUACCUUGUUCCUAGCAGCGAGCGGAACGUGCCCUCCAAACAAAAUUCUGAAAGUUCGUCAACGUAUUCAGAUAGCCUUGAUUUCAAAUGGGUCGAUGAUAUCAUCAGCAUGUAUAUGACCUAUGACUCCGAAGUGCCGAAAUCGGCUUUCCUCGAGGCAGACUAUGAAUACUACAGUAGUUUUUUGUAA